CCGGCUCGGAGUGCGUCGGUCGACAGUUGAACCAACGGCCGUCUGCGGCCCAACCGCCCGUCCGCCGUCCACAGGUGCCGGUCAGUGUCCGGUCAGCAGUCUGACUGCCGGAAAGGCUGAGGUGAGUCGAGGAAAAGCCUGUCAGCAUGGCGUCCAAGGUUCGCGGCACCACCAUCCCCCUGACGGAGGUGCGACGCUUCAUCAUGGACGUGAUGGAGAAGGCGGGGGCGUCCGGUGGGCACGCGGGCGCGCUGGCCGACCUCCUAGUCACCGCCGACCAGCGCGGCCACUUCAGCCACGGCCUCAACCGGCUCGAGUACUACCUGACCGACAUUCGCGGCGCCAUCUGUGAUCCAGCCGCCGAACCUGUGGUGACGCGUCAGACCGCCGCGACGGCGCUGGUCGACGGCCAAAACGGACUCGGUCCCGUCAUCGGCAACUUCUGCACGGACCUGGCCAUCCAGAAGGCGCGCGAGAGCGGCAUCGGCUGGGUGGUGGCGCACAAUUCCAACCACUACGGCAUCGCCGGUUGGUACGCGCUGCGCUGCGCCGAGGCCGGGCUCGUUGGCAUGAGCUUCACCAACACGUCUCCGCUGGUGGUGCCGACGCGCGCGCGCCAGCCGAUGCUCGGCACCAACCCGAUCGCGUGCGCGGCGCCGGGCGAGGGCGGCGACUCGUUCUGCCUGGACAUGGCCACCUGCACGGUGGCUGUGGGCAAGAUCGAGGUGCAGCGACGUAAGCGAGAGCCCAUCCCCGAGGGCUGGGCGACAAACGCCGAGGGCCGCAUUACCACCGACGCCGACGCCGCCGUCGGCCUGCUGCCGCUCGGCGGCGACGAAGCGCACAGCGGGUAUAAGGGCUACGGCCUGGCGUUCAUGGUCGAGCUGUUCUGCGGCCUGCUAGGCGGCGCCGCGUACGGGCCGCACGUGCGCCGCUGGGACAACCAGCGCACGCCGGCCGACCUGGGCCAGUGCUUCGUGGCGCUGGACCCGGCGGCGUUCGCGCCAGGCUUCUCCGGCCGCCUGCAGGAGCUGAUGACGCAGUGUCGGGAGGCCGAGCGGGCCAACCCGGACGAGCCCGUGCUCGUGCCCGGCGAUCCGGAGCGGGCGCACAUGGCCCGCGUGGCCCGCGACGGCGGCGUCACAUACCACGAGAACCAGCUGGCCUCCUCCGACCAGCUGGCGGCCGAGCUGGGCGUGCAGCCCAUGCAGGCCGUGUGAUCUGGCGGUGGGCCGGGUCGGGCCCGUCUCGGCCGACCGUAUAUCUGGCUCCGCUGACCGGAGCUCCGGGCCCAGACGGUGUGGCUGCCGUACCAGGGACUCAGCAGCAGCCUUCCAAUAUUCGGCCAUUUAGGUGGCAACAAUGCCAAUAUUUUUUAUUUUGCGCCCGGAUUGGGGUUUGCUGGUGGCUGCUUUCACAUUGCUCAAAAUCGGUCCAUCAGCAUCGAGCUUGGCAUCGGUCAACCCAGCAUCUAACCGCCUCAGGCUUGACAAAUGGCCGGGGCAGGUCAGAUGUCUGGGUUCGGGGUCAAAGGGCGACGGAUUAAAGCCACCGAAUUGCCUUCGGAGACCGUCGGAGUCAGGAUUCUGGUAGCAUGAAUCAAUAUCUACGUUUUGGACACCGUACUGGAUUUAUGUUGCGGCGCUGCUCAGGAGCGGGGGCUGUACUCUGUGUACGCCAUCUGAUCCCGCGGACAUCCGCCGCCGGGUCCGUUGGAGACCACGCGGCUGGGUUAGAGAUAGCGGCGGUCGAAAAUAGCGACGGAGGGGGAGUGCCUUGCCUUUUUGCAGAUGCUCACUUUGUCCAGGAACUUGCCAAUGCUUGUGUGGCUGGUUAAACAUAUAAUGAAAAUGCAUUUUUGCAAACUUAA